AUGGCCUCGGCUCACGGAGAUCUGUGCCAUCUACUACCCGGCAACUACAAGCGCCUCAUAACAUCCUGGCUGGAAGAGGACUGCCCUAGCCUGGACUAUGGCGGCUUUGUCGUUGGCGAGGCAGAGGGCGAGGCCCACUUAUUAGGAAAGAGCAAGGGCAUCGUCGCAGGCGUACCAUUCUUCGACGAGGUCUUCUCGCAACUAGGCUGCUCAAUCGAAUGGCACAUCAAAGAAGGCGAAGUAAUCAUCCCAAUCCAGCACUGCGCAACCGUCCGCGGCCCCAUCCGCAAGAUUCUUCUCGGCGAGCGCGUAGCCCUAAACAUCUUGGCGCGUUGCUCAGGCAUUGCCAGCAAGAGCGCCUCCAUGCUCGCUGCGCUGCGUGCGCAGGGAUGGCAAGGUACCCUGGCUGGCACACGGAAGACAACGCCUGGGUUCCGGCUGGUUGAGAAAUAUGGAAUGCUUGCUGGCGGUGCCGACCCCCAUCGCCAUGAUCUGAGUUCCAUGACCAUGCUGAAGGAUAACCACGUGUGGGCAUGUGCGAACAACCGGGCUGCGGCGGACGGCGGUGCUGUGGACCCAUCAUCGAUUGAGUCUAUUGCGGCGGCUAUCCCGCGCGCCGUGCAGGCGGCCAAGGCUACUGGUGGGUUCUCAACAAAGGUUGAAGUUGAGUGUCGGAGUGUGGAGGAGGCAAAUGCGGCGAUUGAGGCUGGGGCUGACAUUGUUAUGCUGGAUAACUUUACUCCCGAGGGGGUGCGGGGGGGCUGCGGCACAGCUGAAGCGUGA